UUGCAAAAGGAGUGUAACUUGCAAUUUAAGUAAAUGCGGCUAGUGGAGAAGAGUCACAAAACUUAGUACAUAAAGUCAAACCGAUCAUAAACUGUACUAGUGAUUUUUUGAGUUUCUCACACAUAACUUAACCUAUAAGGUUUAUCAAACAACUACAAAGUAUUUUUUUGGUAAUGAACUCAAACAUGCGUCUUCGUUGUGUCAUGUUAUUUGCAAUUUAUUCCUUUGGCCUCAUCAUUUUAUUAGAUGCUGGGAAUGCCUCGGAUGAAAAAUCCUCAGAGCUGAAGCGGGUGAAGCAGUCAGAGGAGGCAGAGCCCUUGGAUGAAGAAAAGAUUUUAUUAGAUGCUGGGUCUGUCUCGGAUGAAAAAUCCUCAGAGCUGAAGCGGGUGAACCAGUCCGAGGUGGCGGAGCCCUUGGAUGAAGAAAAGAUUUUAUUAGAUGCUGGGUCUGCCUCGGAUGAAAAAUCCUCAGAGCUGAAGCGGGUGAAGCAGUCCGAGGAGGCGGAGCCCUUGAAUGAAGAAAAGAUUUUAUUAGAUGCUGGGUCUCCCUCGGAUGAAAAAUCCUCAGAGCUGAAGCGGGUGAACCAGUCCGAGGUGGCGGAGCCCUUGGAUGAAGAAAAGGUGUACGAAGUCUCGGACGAUAAUGGUCAUCCUCUAGAUAAUCUUAAACGCAGGCUUCUUAAGCCUUAUUUAAUCAGAUGCUUUUUCUUCGAUAGGAAUACUAGUCGUUAUGACACAACCAAUUUACAUCCAUUGUACUUUGAAGCCGUUGUACAAGCAGCAAUUAAAAUACAAAACCGGAAAGAAGAUCAAUCAAGAGAAGCAAGAGAACGGUUAAUAAUUGCAACACAAGGUAUGGUUCUCGGAUUAAAGAAUGUUCCGGCAAAGUAUAUACCCAAAAACAUAGUGCAUUGUUUAUGGGAAAAUAAUAAGGAAUUCAUAAACGAUGAAAAAGAGAGACUUCUAAAUCAAAUAAAAGGCACGGGAUGUUAUUCAAAAUCGAUUGGACACGCUGACUUUCGCCCCAACGGUGGAAAGACGCCUCAACCAGGAUGUUUCAAUGGGUUUCAGCCUAUGGAUAUGUUCAAAGCCAGUAAAUGUUGUGUUAAAAAUUUCAGUUACCGCCAAUCAGUUUUAUUUUAUUCCGUCUCAAAAUUGUACUUGUUCAUUGUUGAGUUGUCACUUUGGUGAUUUUGGUUUCAACGACUGGGCUGAAGCAAGCUCUCCGGAGAAAGAUGUGAACUUUAUACAAUUGGCUGACAUUGUAGGAAAUGCUUCAUCUGCAGAAAUAUUGCCCCAACAACUCAAGUUUAAAAAAAAUUGAAAUACAAGAUAACUAAAUGUAGUACAUAUGUGACUACUUUUUAAUCUAGUCUGUUACUUUUACAACAUAAGUAUUAAGUAGUAGGUUUUGUAAUAUUGAUAGUUAUACGACCGAUAGUUAUACAAUUUUAAAAAUAAGUUAAACAAGAUUUUUAGUAUUUCAAGGAACAAUACAUGUCAUUCAAAUUUAUUAUCAAAUGUAGUCAUUAUAAUUUAAUAAUGAUUAUAAAAUUAUAAUUAAAGCAAAAACUACAAGUAAAAAAAUACUCAUUUAUUGUGUUUUCCUCAAAUUUAUAAAAAUUUGUUGUUUCUGAAUUACUUUGUUCAAUUAAUUUUAAAACCAAUUUCAUAAUUACGGCAAAAUCUUUAAUAAGGUAUAAAUUGUAAAAUUGUACUUUAUUUAAAAUCUAUUAUGAGAAUUAGAGGUGUUGUUUCUUGAGCAAUGUGCUUAUGCUAUAAGCAGAGUUGGAAAAACUAUAGAGCGCUAUUAACUUAAACUAAAACUUAAAUGGCAAUGUAUAUAUUUAAUUACCUUUUUAAAUUAAAAAUAAUUUAUUGAAAAAUUUUACUGGUCAAUAGCCAGUUUUGAAUAAUUAUUUUUAAAGAUUUAUAUGUUUAUAAUUUAGGACCAAAGGUGGAGUACAAUUGAUAAAUGUGCAAUGAUAAAAAUACUUCUUCUCUCUACCCUUCCUCUCGUCCUAAAUUUCUAAACUUUAAUAACUAUAAAACUAUUAAUUCAAAGUUGGUUAUCGACCGGUCAAAAUGUUCAUCAAAUUAUUCUCCAUUAAAAGAUGAUAUAUUUUUGUUUAAAA